AUGUGUAUCGAAGUGGCGAUGGCCGAGAAUUGGCUCCGUACAAACGAACCAUAUCUGACGAGCGAGGAACUUGGCUCUUGUCUGGAUGAGACAGUUCGGCUUCUCCGACUUCAUGAAGAAUUUGAGCGCGGCUUAAUGGCCCAGUCGAGUCGUUUUGCCGGACUCAAGCGCUUAACUGAGACCGGUCUCCCGCGAUCUAGAAGUGGUCUUGGUCUCAAUCUUGACUAUCCUUAUCUGAGCGGACUCAUAUUUCAUCAAGCUUCUUCGCUCUGGCAACCAUCUAAAGGCCAAGAGUCGCCGAGCUCGUCGUCUAGGCUGACUUUUCCUGUCCAGUUUAAACACAGUCCUUUGAUCAAUGACGGAGAUUCUCAUCCCUCGUCUACGCAUCAUACCGGGUCAAGACUAAGAACAGUAACUGAGACUUCUACUUCAACCCAUUUCGAGUCUUUGCUCGGCCCCUCAAAAUCGGCAUACAUUCAGCAUCGUGUAGUUACCGAUUCCGACAGACUGGCAGGCUGGCAGCAGGUGUACUUGAACUUUCUCGCCAGUCAAGGUCUAGUACCAUCUCUGGUGGAUGUUGAGACCGACACGCGUACGUGUAUGAAUACCAUUGAACGCAAGCUCGAUGAGCGGGCACGUCGGUUGCGCACAAGAUGGCGUCGAUUCCAGGUGCUGCAACAGAAGGCCUGCUGGUCUGGUGAAGGUGGCAGUGCUGGUACUUCUGGCGCAGAACAAACCGGAGGCUCGGGCCGUCACGGAGACUCGCCUGAGACCGAGAGUAGCUUGUAUUCAGACAGCGAGACAGACACGUUUUCAGAGAGCUCUGCGGACAGGAGAUCUACUGACAUAGUGCUUUUCAAUGAGGUAACUGGCUGGUUAUGGAGGAAGCAUGAAUGGCUAUCGCAUACCAAAAAGUCUAAAGAUCGGGCUUGGCACGAGCUUUACACAGUGCUGUCUCCAUCGAAUCGCCAACUCUUGGUCUACAAACAAAGUGGACAGUAUCAUCAGGAAAAGUAA